AUGCCCAGCGCCACGGGUCAGAACUGGGAGAAGUAUCAGAAGAAGUUUGCCGACGACGAGCCCGAAGAGAAGAAGAUCACUCCCUUGUCCGACGAGGAUAUCCAAGUCCUCAAGACAUACGGCGCCGCUCCCUAUGCCGCCGCCCUCAAGAAGCUCGAGAAGGAGAUCAAGGACCGCCAGACAAGCGUGAACGAGAAGAUUGGUGUCAAGGUAUCAUCACACACAGGUCUCGCCCCGCCGCAUCUCUGGGAUAUCGCCGCCGACAGACAACGCAUGUCAGAAGAGCAGCCGCUGCAAGUCGCCCGCUGCACAAAGAUUAUUGCCGAUGAGAACGAGGAAAAGAGCAAAUAUGUCAUCAACGUCAAGCAAAUAGCAAAGUUCGUCGUCAACCUCGGCGAGCGUGUCUCUCCCACCGAUAUUGAGGAAGGCAUGAGAGUAGGGUACGUCAAGUCUUCAUAUCGCCAACCUCCACAUCUCUCUAACACUGCGCUCCUAGUNGUCGACCGUAACAAGUACCAGAUCAUGCUUCCCCUCCCGCCCAAGAUCGAUCCCUCAGUCACCAUGAUGACAGUUGAAGACAAGCCCGACGUUACCUACGGCGAUGUCGGUGGUUGCAAAGAGCAGAUUGAGAAGCUACGUGAAGUCGUCGAAAUGCCCCUGCUGUCACCAGAGCGCUUCGUCCACCUCGGUAUCGAUCCCCCUAAGGGUGCUCUUCUCUACGGUCCUCCCGGAACUGGUAAAACUCUCUGCGCCAGAGCCGUCGCGAACCGAACAGACGCCACUUUCAUCCGUGUCAUUGGUUCCGAGCUGGUGCAAAAGUACGUUGGUGAGGGUGCCCGUAUGGUGCGUGAGCUCUUUGAGAUGGCCCGUACAAAGAAGGCUUGUAUCAUUUUCUUCGACGAAAUUGAUGCUGUCGGUGGUGCUCGUUUCGAUGACGGCGCUGGUGGUGACAACGAGGUACAACGUACCAUGCUUGAGCUCAUCACCCAACUCGACGGCUUCGAUGCUCGUGGAAACAUUAAAGUCAUGUUCGCUACCAACCGUCCUUCUACUCUCGACCCUGCUCUCAUGCGUCCUGGACGUAUUGAUCGUAAGAUUGAGUUCUCCUUGCCCGACAUGGAGGGUCGUGCCAACAUCUUGCGCAUUCACGCAAAGAGUAUGAGCGUCGAGCGUGAUAUCAGAUGGGAGCUCAUCUCUCGUCUAUGUCCCAACUCAACUGGUGCUGAGUUGCGAUCCGUCGCUACCGAGGCUGGUAUGUUCGCCAUUCGUGCCCGCAGAAAGGUUGCCACCGAGAAGGAUUUCCUCAGCGCCGUUGAGAAGGUCAUUCGUGGUGGUCUCAAGUUCAACUCGACCGCCGCCUACGCCCAAUACAACUAG